GCCGCAGCAACCACGGGAUUUGUGGGAUCUUGCUUUUUUCAGGGAUCACUUACCUCGAUCAGUUCGGGAGGAUGUGGAUCUUCAAGUUUAUCAGUGCGAUCACAACUCGCGCGCUGUUCAUUCUCGUGUCUCUGAUGGGCAUCUGGAGGGUGACGUGGGUAAAGAACGACCCCAUCUACUGGCUCCUCACUAUCCUCUUUCUUCCGCUUGUCGUUGAAAUGAUAAUCACACUGAAGAGUCGGAAGGGACAAGAUUAUAAAUGGUUUUCUCCUGCUAUCUUUCUAUUUCUCAUCAGUAUCAUUCCCUCCAUUUGGAUCCUGGAGCUCAACCACCAGGAGGACAGCAUUGCCCAGUGCAAAAACUUUGACUCGUGGCAGAAUCUAUCAAACGUGAGCUCCCGCAAUGAGACCAAUGGAAACCUCACAUCCCAGAGCUACCUAAAGAGUGUGAACCAGGUGUUCAAAACCAUCUGUCCCAACGUCUGGAUCCUGGGUCUUCAUCAGAGCGCGCUCCUCCUCGUCAUCGUGGGGAGGUGGCUCCUCCCGCUGGGAGGCGGAGUCACGCGCGAUGAGCUGUCGCAGCUUCUCAUUGUUUUUGUUGGCACCGCAGCAGACAUCCUCGAGUUUACCAGUGAGACGCUGUCGGAUGUCAAAGACAACAAUCCUCAGCUGGUCUACAUCAUCUUAGCCGUAUGGACUUGGAGCAUGCUGCAGUUCCCCCUACAUGUGGCCGUGGGAAACGCCGAACAAGACGCGGAUGGCGAGGAGGGGCCCAGCGAGGCGUCCCUCUGGGCUAAGCACAGUGCGAACAUCUGGAGCAUCGUGGGGGCCCUGUUCAUCCAAGACGGGCCUUUCCUGGUGGUCAGGCUCACCGUCAUGACCUACUUUCAAACCUUCCACCAGAUGAUAUUGUUCUUCACCAUCAAGAACUCUCUGGUGGUCACACUGAACUUGUACCGGCUGGUUGUCAUAUGCAUGGACUCGCGCAGUGGAGCCGGCCGCGGCAGCGCCAUCCCGAUUGUUUGACCAUCUUCUCACGGGGGAAUGAUGGAAACGGAGGGCAGAAGUGUACAUUUACAUCCGACUGGCACGAUUCGAGCCGGAAGAGAAGGAAAUGCUUUCGGUAUUCUUCUCACUGAGUUCGUAACUGUGGUAUUGAGAUAUUGCGAAUGAUUAACAUUGUUGUGAGCAGAAAUUUGUGAACAACCAUUUUCUUACAUCUGCCAAGUGUUGCCAUUAAGCCCAAUUGACUAUUCAGCAUCUAAACACACAGUCCCUCCGAAGCUUCCCACGGUCAAUUCAGUUUAAACACAGCCGUCUCUUCACUGCUUACGUAAAUGUGAGUAUGUGUACGUGAGCAUGCUGGGCUAAAAAAGUGUAGAAAAAAUGUGCGUGUCGAAUCAGAGCCAAUCAGCCAAUUAAUUAAAGAAUUAUGAAAAAUCACUGCUGCCAAUUAGUGAUGGAUAAGAAAGUUUAAUAGUUUUUUUAUUGUGCUACGUACUAGAAUUGACCUCCUUUACCUCCUUCAUGUGAUCAUUGUAAAAUAACGCGUUGUCAUGGAACGUCUCCUGCAUCACAUUCAGUGUUCUCAUGCUUGUAGUUGUCUUCAAUGUUGUGAUCAAAGACUCUUUCCUCCGUGGGUGUGUUUUUGCGUGCUACAAAAAGAGGAAAUUUGUGAAUGUGUUGUGUGCCGGGUGUUUUUUAAAUUGCUCCUCGUGUCCUCUCCUCCCCUGUGUCGUCACGUUGUUGUAGUCUGUUUUCAUAGCUGUACAGCAAAGAGUUUUUUUCAGGUUAUAUCCCUCGUUAUCAUCUCUUCUCCUGCCCGAAACGAUUGGUUCAUCAGCUGUUUUUUUUUUUUCAACCGUAACCAAAAUUCUGAUGGAUUUUAAAUGGUUUUACUUGACACUUUAUUUCUUGGCAAAUGAUAUAAUGAAUAAAAAAAUAAUUCUCGUAAUCCGCUCAAUAAUAAAGAAUGCCUUUGCCUUUAAAAUGACUUAAGGUUUAUAAAGGCAUUUGUUUAAAUGGAAGUUUACAAAUGGUAUAAACUACAUAUAAAGCAUACAAUUUGCAGUGUUAAACAGAGCAAAACAGGAAAAGGGUAAAGUCAUUUCAUAUUUAUUUAAUAAAACACUCAAUAGCACAAAUCAUUAAUCUACCUCGAGGGACUUUACACUCUUACGACAACAUAGGACACACUCUAUCCUUUUUAACCCUAUUGAUUUUUAAACCUGUUAAAAACACCUGUGGAGGUGCAAGUCAAAAACAGGAAAAGGGUAAAGUAAUUUCAGAUUUAUUUAAUAAAUCACUCAAUAGCACAAAUCAUAAACCUACCUCGAGGGGCUUUACACUCCUGCAACAACAUUGGACACCCUGGAGAUUUUAUGUUACUUUCUACAGACUUUACUUGAGGGAGUUGUACACAAUUAAUUGCAAUUCCUAACAUUUCAUUUGUCUUGUUUUGACAAAUACAAGUAAAUCAAUAAUUUGAAAUCACUUUUCAUCUUGUGAGGAAAGAUUCUGGAAGACGUUCCAAUCCGGGAGUAAAUAUCCCAAAUUGUACUCUUAAACUUUUGAAGUUGUCAUGUGAUAUGUUGUCCCUUUAAUAUUUACACCAUUUAGAAACUCCUUACACUCAACAAUUUGCUGUCAGGGUUAUGAAGUGUUGAAGGAGGCUGAGAUUGAGAGAGACAUUUCCUUGGUUUAACCCAGACAGGAAGUUAGAAAUGAUUGUAAAAACAUAACAUGGCUGUUAAAUAUCCUCCCCUGAUCACCACUGGAUGAGGAAGGACAUUCAUUUUGCUAUUCUUUGACAUUUGAAUGGGAUGUUGUUCCUCAUGGAUAAUUGGCUUUUAAAACAAAGGAGGGACAUGGUAUUUGCAAAAUGUAAAAUCUCAAAGUUCUUUCCUGUUACUGUUGGCCUGCUUUAACUGAGGGUUGUAUCUCUGUGACGUACAAGAAACUGCAGUCGUUAUUUGUGUCAUAGUCAUUGUUCUAUGUUAAUGUGCUUGUCCUUAUUAGCCCAAAUAAACCAAU